GGCCGGUGCCCGAUCCAAGAUGGCGGUGCAGGAAUCAGCCGCUCAGCUCUCAAUGACUCUGAAGGUGCAGGAGUACCCCACUCUCAAGGUGUUGUAAGCUAACACAGUUGAGGAGAGGAAGCACACCAUUUUUCUGACCCUUGAAAGGAGAGCAUAGUUCUGUAAUGGUUCCCCCCACCUAACCGGCCUUACCAGGAACUCUUGCAAGAAAGACUGAAGUCCUUAAGCAGAUAAGGAACUGGGCAAGAUAAAAAACAAGCAUCAAGAUUUAGGAUCCAGCUUCUGUAAUGGAAGAAAUCUUCUGGAGGAAGAUUUGUGUUAAGAUUCUGCUGGUAUCCUGGUGAUACUCAACUGUUUGAACAGCCUGGAAGAAAGAGUGCCAUAUGAAACACUGAACAAACGGUUUCGAGCUGCGCAGAAGAACAUUGACCGCGAGACCAGCCACGUCACCAUGGUGGUGGCGGAGCUGGAGAAGACGCUGAGCAGCUGUCCUGCUGUGGACUCCGUGGUCAGUCUCCUGGAUGGAGUCGUGGAGAAACUCAGCGUUCUGAAGCGCAAGGCCGUUGAGUCAAUCCAGGCUGAAGAUGAAAGUGCAAAGCUCUGCAAACGCAGGAUUGAACAUCUGAAGGAGCACAGCAGUGACCAGCCAGCUGCUGCCAACAUGUGGAAGAAGAAACGCAUGGAUCGUAUGAUGGUCGAACAUCUCCUGCGCUGUGGCUACUACAACACAGCUGUAAAACUAGCCAGACAAAGUGGGAUUGAGGACUUGGUAAAUAUUGAGAUGUUUUUGACUGCUAAAGAAGUGGAGGAGUCAUUGGAAAGACAAGAGACUAUGACUUGCUUGGCUUGGUGUCAUGACAACAAAUCCAGGCUCAGAAAAAUGAAGAGCUGUCUGGAGUUCAGCCUAAGGAUUCAAGAGUUCAUUGAACUCAUUCGACAGAACAAGAGACUGGAUGCUGUGAGACAUGCAAGAAAGCACUUCAGUCAGGCUGAGGGAAGCCAGCUGGAUGAGGUUCGACAGGUGAUGGGAAUGUUGGCCUUUCCUUCAGACACUCAUAUCUCUCCCUAUAAGGAUCUCUUGGACCCUGCUCGAUGGAGAAUGCUGAUCCAACAGUUCAGAUAUGAUAACUACAGACUACAUCAGCUGGGAAACAAUUCUGUUUUUACUAUAACACUCCAGGCAGGCCUUUCAGCUAUAAAAACACCACAGUGUUACAAAGAGGAUGGGAGCUCAAAAAACCCCGACUGCCCUGUGUGUAGCAAAUCCCUGAACAAGCUGGCUCAGCCCCUGCCGAUGGCACAUUGUGCCAACUCCCGACUAGUCUGCAAGAUUUCGGGGGAUGUAAUGAACGAAAAUAAUCCUCCUAUGAUGUUACCAAAUGGAUAUGUCUAUGGAUACAACUCUCUGCUUUCUAUUCGUCAAGAUGACAAAGUAAUCUGCCCAAGAACCAAAGAAGUCUUCAACUUCUCACAAGCUGAGAAAGUCUACAUCAUGUAGGUCCAUAAAACACACAAUGAAGUGCCGCUGGAAUUUUGACACAGUGUAUCUUGGCAUACCCUGUAAAGAGGGGGCCUUAAUGUGUGGCAAAGAAGCAAAACCUGCCACCUUGGGGAGCAGACCUGUCGGUGGCAUUAUUGUUUCUUGCGACCAAAGAUCAAUGAGCAACAAUAAACACUCUUGAAAGGAAAAAAAAAAAAA